AUACCAGUAGGUGACGGUAAUGCACACCUUCAGUUUAUUGCCAACCGCCAUUAAACACCACAAGAAGAAGAAGAAUGUGUCAUAGGCCUCGUGAAAUUUCCGAGGCGUCCUGAACGCGUCAGCAGUGGUUCAGUGAAGAUGGCGAACUGUAGACGUGUUCCCUUGUUUCUAGUUCUCUUCUGCAGCUUAUCGCAUGUACACCAACUUCGAGCUGAAAACAACAUUAUCUCCAAACUAGGAAUUAAUGCUGAAAGGGCUCAGAACCUGGGCGGAGGUCCGGGAGCCGCAGCGGCGAACCCAGGCACUGCUGAUCGCAUCCAGCCUGCUGCGGCCUCGCUGACUCGGAGGCGUCCUGCCGGCUGGAAGCUGUCUGAGGAGGCGGUGUGCAGAGAGGACCUUACCCGGCUGUGCCCCAAACAUUCCUGGAACAACAACUUGGCGGUACUGGAGUGUCUGCAGGACAAGAAAGAGGAAACUGAGAUCGCUACUGAGUGCAACCACCUGCUGUGGAACUACAAGCUGAACCUGACCACCGACCCAAAGUUUGAGUCUGUAGCUGUGGAGGUCUGCAAGACGACAAUCCCUGAGAUUAAAGAAUGUGCUGCGGAGGAGUUGGGAAAAGGCUACCUGGUGUCCUGUUUGGUGGAACAUCGUGGCAACAUCAGCGACUACCAGUGCAACCAGUAUAUCACCAAGAUGACUAGCAUCAUCUUCAGUGACUACCGACUGAUCUGUGGCUUCAUGAAGAAGUGUCUUGCAGACAUCAACGCCCUGAAGUGUGGAAACAUCAUCACUGGACAGAAGGAUGUCCACUCUCAGGGGGAGGUGAUCUCCUGUCUGGAGAAAGGUUUAGUUCGUGAAGCUGAGGAGCAGCCUGGUGCUCACCACAUCAAGGAUGACUGUAAAAAGGCCAUCAUGAGAGUAGCAGAGCUCUCUUCUGACGACUUCCACCUCGACCGCUACCUGUACUUUGCCUGCAGAGACGACCGAGAACGCUUUUGUGAAAACACUUUAGCCGGAGAGGGCCGAGUUUACAAAUGUCUGUUCAAUCACAAGUUUGAGGAGGCCAUGUCUGAGAGGUGCCGUGAAGCGCUGACCACCAGGCAGAAGCUGAUUGCUCAGGACUACAAGGUGAGCUACUCGCUGGCUAAAGCCUGCAAGUCUGAUCUGAGGAAGUACCACUGCAGCGUGGACAGCAACAUGCCUCGAGCCCGAGAGACCCGUCUAUCCUACCUGCUGCUAUGUCUGGAGGCUGCGGUGCAUCGAGGUCGUUUGGUCAGUGGAGAGUGUCAGGGUGAGAUGAUGGAUUACAGGCGGAUGCUGAUGGAAGAUUUCUCUCUGAGUCCUGAGAUUGUGCUGCACUGUCGCAGUGAGAUUGAGCUUCACUGCUCCGGUUUGCACCGGAAAGGUCGGACUCUGCACUGUCUGAUGAGAGUCGGUCGAGGAGACAUGGGAGCCAUUGACGUCAAGUGUCAGAAUGCUCUCCAGACACUGAUCCAAGAAGCUGACCCUGGAGCCGACUAUAGAAUUGACCGUGCUCUGAAUGAGGCCUGUGAAUCAGUCAUCCAGACGGCCUGCAAACACAUCCGCAAUGGAGAUCCUAUGAUCCUGUCCUGUCUGAUGGAGCAUCUCUACACUGAGAAGAUGGUGGAGGACUGUGAACAGAGACUUCUGGAGCUGCAGUACUUCAUCGCCAGAGAUUGGAAGUUGGACCCAAUCCUGUAUAAGAAAUGUCAGGGUGAUGCGUCUCGACUCUGCCACACUCAUAGCUGGAAUGAGACUAACGAGAUGAUGCCGGCUGGUGCCAUUUUCUCCUGUCUGUAUCGCCAUGCUUAUCGUUCUGUGGAGCAAGGACGGAGGCUGUCCCGGGACUGUAAGGUUGAAGUGCAGAGGAUCCUCCACCAGAGGGCGCUGGAUGUGAAGCUGGACCCCGAGCUGCAGAAGCGAUGUAUGACGGACCUGGGGAAGUGGUGCAGUGAGAAAACCGAGGCCGGUCAGGAACUGGAGUGUCUGCAGGACCAUCUGGAGGAACUGGGACCUGACUGCAGAGAAGUGGUGGCGAAUAUAACCGAGCUGGAAGCAGAGGAUAUUCAGAUCGAGGCUCUACUGAUGAGAGCCUGUGACCCUGUAAUUCAGUCCUACUGCCAUGAGGUGGCCGACAACCAGAUCGACUCCGGGGAUCUGAUGGAGUGUUUGAUUCAGAACAAACACCAGAAGGAGAUGAAUGAGAAGUGUGCAGUGGGAGUCACACACUUCCAGCUGAUUCAGAUCAAAGAUUUCCGCUUCUCCUACAAGUUCAAGACUGCCUGCAAGGAGGACGUCCUCAAACUGUGUCCAAACAUCAAGAAGAAGGUGGAUGUUGUGAUUUGCCUCAGCUCCACGGUGAGAAACGACACCCUGCAGGACGCCAAGGAGCAGCGUGUGUCCAUCAAAUGUCGUAAACAGCUGAGAGUGGAGGAGGUGGAGAUGUCAGAGGACAUCCGUCUGGAACCAGAACUCUAUGACUCUUGUAAGCAGGACAUCAACAAGCUGUGUUCGACUGUGGCCUUCGGUAACGCACAGGUUAUCGAGUGUCUGAAGGAGAAAAAGGUGCAUCUGACUCAACGCUGCCAUCAGAGGAUCUUCAAGCUGCAGGAGUUGGAGAUGGUGGAUCCUGAACUGGAUUAUCAGCUGAUCAGAGUCUGCAAGAACAUGAUCAGGCGGUUCUGCACAGAGUCGGAGGGGAAGAACGUUCUCCAGUGUCUGAAGCAGAACAAGAACAGCGAGGUGAUGGAUCCAAAGUGCAAACAGAUGAUCACCAAGAGACAGAUCACCCAGAACACAGACUACAGGCUGAACCCGGUGCUGAGGAAGGCGUGUAAAGCCGACAUCCCAAAGUUCUGCCAGUCCAUCCUGAACAAGGCGACAGCUGACACCGAGCUGGAGGGACAGGUCAUCGCCUGCCUCAAGCUCAAAUACGCAGACCAGCGCUUGUCUUCUGACUGUGAGGAUCAGAUCCGGGUCAUCUUGCAGGAGUCAGCGCUGGACUACAGACUGGACCCUCAGCUGCAGAUGCACUGUGUGCAGGAGGAAGUGUUGAACAUGCUGAAGGAGAGCAAAGCAGAUAUAUUCGUCGACCCUGUUCUUCACACAGCCUGCGCUCUGGACAUCAAACAUCACUGUGCUGCCAUCCCACCUGGCAAAGGACGCCAUAUGUCGUGUCUGAUGGAGGCGCUGCAGGACAAACGCGUUCGUCUGCAGCCAGAGUGCAAGAAAAGACUUCAGGAUCGCAUCGAGAUGUGGAGCUACGCUGCCAAGGUGGCUCCAGCAGAGGGCUUCUCUGACCUGGCCAUGCAGGUGAUGACGUCGCCGUCCAAGAACUACAUUCUGACCGUGAUCGGUGCAGCUGUGGCCCUCCUCUUCCUCAUGGGGAUGUUCUGUGGGAGGUUCACCAAGCAAGUCACGCAGGAGCUGAAGGACAGGUAGACCCAACCCCGCCUUUGGGGUCAGGACGAGUCCACAGGGAGAACCUCCCACCCUCCAUCCUCUGGUUCUUCCUUUGACCCUCACCAGCUCAGUGUAAAAACCCCGACCUGGAGCCUCCGAACCACUUCAGAUCUCUGUCCUCCUCACCACUUUUUUAUCAGCUUUUUUAUUGCUGCUGGGGGGGCUUUUACAUGGGAAAGACUGGACCCACAGCCCACCAUCACCCCUCCAAGAGACCACGUCCUCUGUCGCCUCCUCUUCAUCAUUCUUCUGAGCUCUGCUUCAGUGUGAUUCUGCUAAAGUUUAAGCCCACCCUCUCUGUGGAUUUAGUAACCCCGCCCCCUUUUGGAGGAGUGGACAGGGGUGGGUUUCAAGUGUUAAAAGUUUCAGGACUGAAUGAGAGUGAGGUGGUGAAUGAAAUGAUAUCAGGCUAAAGCUUGAUGUACAGAGUAGGUAAUGACUAGUGUUUUAAUGGUGUGGGUGUGUGUGUAUGUGUGUGGUUGUGUGUGUGUGUAUGUGGGGGGGUGGGGUGUGUUUGUAUGUGUGUGAGAGAGUGUGUGUGUGUGUCUCAGAAAGAGACACCGUCUCUUGUCUUCUGACCAUUGUUUUUUGUUGCCCUUCAGUUUGUUAGGCUUGUUCAGUCUCUCCCCACUUUUAUUUAAUUUUUUAUUAGUUUGUUAGAUUUGUGGUUUCUGCUGUGGGACAGCCAGGCACGCGCUGCCCACCCCACUCCACCCCAACCACCCUUGUCCCACCAUCCGGCCUCAACAAACCUGGAAACCUGAGCGCCGUGCAGGAUCUGAGGUGUGUGUUGGGACAGAAACAACAAAAAGAAAACUAAGCCUUCCUUAGCUGAAAUGAACUGUGACGUUCAGACUGAGUAUAAAAUGAUUCUGGUUUGUUAUUUUUAGCCUUAUUUAUUGGUUUACUACAGGUCAUGUUUUGUUGUUUGUUUGAAUCCUCUGUUUUGUUGCCUUUUCUCCUGCAGUGAGGGCAGAGGCGUCAUCCUGCCCCAGCAGAUGAUUUUGUUUUUGUUUUUCUCCUGGAGGGCAGUGAGCGUCUCUGUGAGGGGCUGCAGACAGUGUGUAAACAAGGUGUUUGGGUUUCUGUUUGAAGGUGGGGGGGUGGCUUUGAUUGAACGGUUUCAAGAAUUCUUCAGUUACAUUUCUCCACAUAAAGAUGGACGGUAAAAUUUUCCUGUUACAAAUCAUCCUGGCUCUCGGACGGCUCAGUUCUGGUUCUUGUGGCUCGGUACCAGUGCUCUGCCUGCUCCUGCAGAAGAGCCACACCUCAAGCUUCUGGGACUUUUUGGAAGAAAAAAAAAGUGGAGUUUGAUUUAAAAUAAAAAAACAUCAACAGGUGAGAACAGAACCAAACAAGUGUCAGCCAGUGUACAUGUGUAUUAUAAGUCCAGUGCAGACAAGCAGUGCUGCUGCUUUUUGUUCUGUUGGACUGAAGCUCUGUGGAGUUUCUGAUGUCCACUUCAGUUUGUGAAUCUGCUUUUUGUCAUUCAACUGCCUUUCAUUUUUCCAUCUGUUGGAAAGAUCUGUUUUAAAUCAGUGUGUGCCUGAUCCCUGUCACACUGUCACGAUAUCCCAAAAUCCUCAGCUGCUGACAGCUAAAGGUCCACUUCUGUUUCGAUAUCCCAGAAUCCUCAGCUGCUGACAGCUAAAGGUCCACUUCUGUUUCGAUAUCCCAGAAUCCUCAGCUGCAGACAGCUAAAGGUCCACUUCUGUUUCGAUAUCCCAGAAUCCUCUGCUGCAGACAGCUAAAGGUCCACUUCUGUUUCGAUAUCCCAGAAUCCUCAGCUGCAGACAGCUAAAGGUCCACUUCUGUUUCGAUAUCCCAGAAUCCUCAGCUGCAGACAGCUAAAGGUCCACUUCUGUCUCGAUAUCCCAGAAUCCUCUGCUGCAGACAGCUAAAGGUCCACUUCUGUUUCGAUAUCCCAGAAUCCUCAGCUGCAGACAGGAGUGUGUGACUGAAGGACAUGUCCACCUGUUUGUCUCCUUCAGGAAGCAGGAAGCUGUGAGUGAUACCUGAAGCUUUUAUUUUGAAAUUUGUAUUAUUUUUGUAAUGUUUGUGAUCUUCUGUUAAAAUAUGUUCUGACUGAAUCACAGAGCUUCUGAUGGACAGGCUUUUUUUUUUUUUUUUUUUGCUUUGUACAGAUGAAUUGUUGGAUGGUUUGUUAAUAAAAUAAAGUGUGCAAGGUUUA